ACCAACCGUCAGACCAAGCCGUGGUUUUCAGCCAGCCAAGGUCAAGCCGUGCUUGUAUCCCAAUGAUAGCCAUUUGAACGCGGUACCGGUACUGUAUUGGUGGCCGUCAUGCCGGGCACGCAUCGCUAUUUAGACUCCUCUUCCUCCCUCCAUUUUGACUCCUCCCCACCCCUUUCUCCACACCCUUCCCCCUCAUAUUCCCCUACCCCUUACAACCCUUCUCUCCCUCUCAGCUCUAGGUGCAUCAGAGGCCUAUUUUCCCGGUCCUCUUUCGUGAAUCUCCCUACACUUCGCCAUGGCUCGUCUUUCGCUCUUCGUUGUUUUGGGUCUGGUGACUUCCGUCUUUGCUCAGAAUUGUGGCCCUACCCAUGGGGGUCAGAUUUGUGCUGCUGGUACCUGCUGUAGUCAGUACGGAUGGUUUGUUUUCCCUACUCUUGACAAUAUAUCUUUUCCUCUUUUACUUCUACAGUUGCUAAAUAAUAGUCUAAGGUGUGAUACGAGUCCCGCCCACUGUGACCCUGCUACCUGUCUGAAGGCAUAUAGUGGUGCCGGUUCCUCAUGUGCCGUAAGAGAUAUUCAUGCUUUUAAUGUCCGUGGGCUCUUCUAACCAACCGGAUUUGUGGAAUUAGAGUUCCGGCGGUGGCGGUACCACAACAACAAGCGGUGGAUCCUUUCCCUCCACGGUCCCGUCAAUUGAUGUCUGCGGUUCGGGUUCGGGCGGUAUUACGUGCCCUGGUGCCGGCUCCGGAGGAUUUUAUUACCGUUGCUGUGUAUGUUCACGAUCGCGCUCGUUUGCCCUAAUAGUGUCUCGCUUGCUGACAACCUUCCUGGGAUAGUCCGUCAAUGGUCACUGCGGGCCUAAGAACGGGGUAAGAUAGAGUUGCCCUGCAUCCGAUCCACGUGCAGGGAGCUGAUAGUAAAUUUGAUACAGGAACAAGCUCAAUCCGAUUACUGUGGUGCUGGUUGUCAGCCCGGCUUUGGUGUUUGCGACCAACGCUCGGUUCCGGCCCCUCCACCUCCACCACAGGGCACCGCUGGCGCUGAGCAGAACUGUGGCCCCAUUGUGAACAAGAGGUGUGCGACUGGCUUGUGUUGUUCUGGAUGUGAGUGCCGCCGACACCUUUAACUCCUAUGCACGAUACUGAUGAUGGUUUUAGCCAACUUCUGUGGAACUGGUCCUGAUUUCUGCGGUGCUGCGUGAGUUCCCCUACCCCUACCCUAACUCCCAAAUGUAUCAUCCCACUAACGGAAAAAUUAGUAAUUGGUGCCAGGUUGACUGGGGACAUUGUGAGCGGUAAAUUUUCUCGAACAUCUGAAGGGUUAUUAAUAAGGCUCGCGGCAUUUUUUUCUUUUCUUCUCUCUCACCUGUCUUUCCUUUUUGUGCCGUAUACACGAGGCAGAGGGGCAAAAAAAAAAGUUCCAUGACCCCAGACCCAUCAUCUGAUUGCAUGCACUAGAUAUUUUAAUCAUAAUUUCUCGGACAAG